UUUCGUUUACAUUGAGCGUAUUUUUAACCAAACAUUUGUCAAUUUUCCCAAUCGACCCUCUCGAUAUUGUCAUGUUAAAAAUCGUAAAAUCUGAUCAAUAAAUCGAUGAAAAAUUACGAAUUUCAAUUAAAUUUAAACAAAGAAGACUGUGCUGAAAUCGAUUCGAACCGAUUCGAAACUGUAUAGUGCAUCUGAACUGUGAAUUUAUUGCUUGAAAAUACGUGUUUUAAAGUCAGACUUCCAUUUGCAACAGAGAAGUGAUUUUUUUUUGUAUGUAUUUGAUAGUCGGCCAAGGAUUAAAUAUUGACGUUCUUGUCUGCAUAUGGUUUUUCCGACCGAAAUUCGUAAAUUUUCCUUGGCUAUUAUUUGGUUUAGAUGUGUAAAUCAUGAGAAAAGACUAAUUGUUUAAUUUGCUGACUGAACUGUAGAAAAUAGGCAAUUUACGAUGACUUCAACUUCCAAUCAAUCAACCAAUUCUCCUGUGGCUCGGGAUGCCAGUCCACUACCAGCCACAUUAAGCAUAUUUUCGAGAACGCGUCGCUAUUCAGCAAGUUAUAGUGGUCUGGCCGGUCCACGAUUGAUUCAUCGUGUAUCCCAGCUGAGACAAGAAGAAUCUGCCGAUAUUAAUACACGUGAAGUGACACACGAAAAUGAGUUGCACUCUGCUUUACAGAUAUCACAAAGCUGUGAGUCCCUAUUACUGGAUGAUACGGACAGCUGGUCAAUAAAAAGUGAUCCCGAGCUGUCUAAUUCGCUCACUAAUACUUUGCAUGUGAAUUUACCAUUAACCGGAGGCAUUGGUUCGUCCAGCCCGUCGCCUACAUCUACAAGCAAUCGUAAUGCAAUUCGUUUGCCGCCAUUCGGUCUAUCGCCGUCACCCACUCGACGAACAUUCGCCACCCGUCGUUCAAUGUCACCGAUAGCAAUGCGUCCUAGCUCUCUCGGGCCGGUGAAAAGGAAAUUCGAAUUGGAUGACAAUUAUUCGAAUAGCUACUCACCGCCACCAUUCAAGAAAGUUUUUACCGAUCGAUCUUCGCCUAUUUGUCGAUCACCGUCGCUAAUGUGUCCUAGUCCCGAUUCAGCCGAAGGUCGUACUACACCGAAAUUCUACCCAUCGAAAUUUAGUACCAACAACAGUAUGUCAUCAUCGAGUCUGUCGUCAUCUCCCAUAGCAGCACCGUCGCCAUCAAUGGAAGUACAAAUCGAUUUACCUAGCAUAGCUCCAUCGACUGAACCGACGACACAGCCCCUACAGAUAUCCGACGAGUGUUUUGACGAUGUUAAUGUGGAGAAAAUCAGCUCCGAUGAUAAUGCCAAAAAUGAUAUUGGACUGAAUGUAUAGAUACAGUGUGAGUGUGUGUGUGUGCAUGCGUACGAUAUGUGGGCUAAUAUAGAAAGAAAUAGUUUUUGAUCCCGCUAGCAAUCUGGUAUGUUUUCAAUGUACUUUCAGUAGUAGUUCUAAGGCUCCCGUAAUUACUAAAACAAAAAUAUUUUGAUUGGCGCGUCCCGAAAAUAUAAUUUUAAUCGAAUGCAAACACGCGCAAUGGCAUGAACCCACAAAAGUUCCCAGAAAUACGAACUGUUCGACUGACCGAACAGAGAGGGAGUUCUGAACGACCAUCCGAUGCCGAUGAUUGAUUCGAAAUCAAGAUCAAUUUAAUUAGAAAUUUAUUUUUCUUGUCUGUGGAACUGAAUUUUAUGUAAAAAGAAAAGUUGAAAUGAAAAUGCAAAUGAUUUUCCUUCGUAAAUAUAGCUUGUAUGUAACUUGUAUUUAUUAGAAGAGUAUAUGCUCUAAUUAUUUAGAAUUUAAAUUAAUUAAUGAACGGAAACGUUUUUCUUUUACUGUUAAUUUGUCUGUCGUUUAAAAUUGCAUUCAUUCGGCAAGCAGUAAUCAUACAAUUAACUCAUUAUAAUUUUGAACUGAUGAAAGUUUAAUAAAAAAUAGAAUAAAAACAA